AAACCUUGAAAAGGCCUUAAAGCCCCAAAAGAACAUUUGAAAUCUACCCCACUAAAUGACCCAACAAGAUUUUAGCCGAAUGUGAAUUGAAAAAAAAAAAAACACAAAAAGAAGAAAGAUUUGUCCUUUGAGCCCAGCAAAUUUCUGACACACAUCAUCAAGAUCUUGUACCAACGGGGAAAAAGAAAGAAUAUUGUAGAGAAGAGAGAGAGAAAGCGAAAGAGAUCGGGUGGAGUUUGGAUGAUAUCAGAGUUGUCCGUAGAUGCAAUAAGAUUAAUGCUCUAGUUUUUUUUAGUCCUCUUGGGAGAAGUACCAUUGAGAAUCUUACAGAUUCAACAUUUAGGGUGCCUGAAAUACAUAACAAUCCAGCUUUUGCUCUAUGGAGCCUCGUGAUAAUCAAGCCGAGGCUUCAUAUACAUUUGGUGAUCGAUCGAGCAGUGACAUAGUUGUUAGACUUAGAAACGAAGAAGGCCGUGAUGAUUGGAUCUAUUGCCAUUCCAAGAUCCUUAGUCAGAAAAGCCAGUAUUUCGCUGACCGCCUCUCUGAUAAAUGGCCCACUUGCAAGAUUCUUGAUUCACGCUACUGUGUUGAGGUCAUCUGUCAAGAAUCAGACUAUGAUCAUCAUAUCAAUCUCUUAAGACUUCUCUAUCUUGUCUCUGAUGGUGUCCAUGAGGAUAACUUGUGUCAUAAUGUGAAAAGUGCGUUGGGGAUUCUCUGUGUCGCUAAAGAACUUUGUUGCCCUCAGAUUGUCACUGCUUGUGUGAACUACUUGGAAGCUGUUCCAUGGGAAGAAGGCGAAGAGGAAGAGAUUCUGCGGACUGUACCGAGAAUUGGAUCAGAAGCAGAGCCGAUUCUUGCCCGUCUCCAACCAGUUGAUCAGUCCGCUGUUACUGAAAUCUUUGUAUCGGCUUUUAGGUUUGCUACUUCGUCCCCGCCUUUGCCCUUGGGUGACAUAAAAUCCUCGGCUCAAGAACAGAUUGAGUAUAUGAUAACCGAAGAUGACGAUGCACCGUUGUUGAUUGCUGAUGAAGAAGUCAAGCUUGAAGUAAAUGAAUGUGUAAAGAGCCUGUUUGGUAGAUUCUUCCAAUGUCUAGAAGAAACCUCUUUCAAACCCGUCGAGUCUGAGGUUAUUAACAAAAAGGGGUCUUUUAGGAUGGUUCUUUCAGAUUUGUCGUGGGCUUUUCAGAUAUUAACAAAGAUGGAAGUGGUUAGAGAUUUUGUUAUAACAUGGGUUGACAUAUCUGAGAAGUUAGUUAAGGUAGUUGAGCAGUUGGAAACAACAGUUGCAGAGACUGUUGAGAUAAGAGUCAAGGUCAUUGAGGUGACUGCAAAAGUCAUAGAGGCCAUCGGUUAUGGAACAGUGAUAUUGCCAACAGCGAAAAGGCUUGAGAUGGUAAAACUAUGGCUUCCAUUUGUAAGAAACACAAAGCCACUUGUUGACUCACCGGUUACUGAAGAUGAGGAGAAUGGUACUGUGAGAUAUAAAAUUGAUGGAGAGAUAUGGCAAGCUUUAGAAUCUUCCUUUGUAUCGAUAAUUCUGGCAUUGCCAUCUGCAGACCAAGCUGAGAUAUUAACUGAAUGGUUAGGCAAGAACGGGUUGUAUCCGGAUUUGACAGAAGCUUUCGAGGUUUGGUGUUACAGAUCAAAAGUCGCAAAGAGAAGAUUGGGUUUGCUCGGGGGCGAGGAAGAUGAGAACGGUAUGUCUUAACUCGCUUCCUGGGCACUGAAUGAAGAAAGAGUAACAUUUAGUUUUUUGUUGUUGUGUAGAUGUCUGUCUUUUAACCCUUUUUGUGUGUUCUCUGUCAAAUCCUUCAUAUUAUCCAUUGGCAGUUUCCACAAAUCUGUAAAUACUGUUGACAAAGAUCUUGUCUUCUUUUAAUCGGUAAGAGGUAUUUCCUACUAAAAUUAAAUCUGUAGAAUGAUCUAUCGUCCUAUCGAUUACUUCUGGUUUUGCUGUAAACUCAGGUCCCAUUUUGAUCUCUAAUAAACAACACUCUUGAUGACAGUUUA